AGAUAGUGGGUAGGUAUGAAUAUGAUUUAAUUUAAAAGGGCAGUCAAUUCUUCCCAUCAUCCAUCCAUCACUCUCUUAUUAUCAUCAUGGCUGAAGGAGGUAAAACACCUUAUGAUGUGUUUCGGAAAAUGAUCCUCCCCCAACUUACAGCUGCACUUGGAAAAGAGCCAACUUUCACAAAUGUUACUGACUUCCUUUUAGCAGAUGACCUAAUAACAGAGCAACAACUUGAUUCUAUAAAAUCCAAAUCAAACUUAUCAGAUCAAAAAAGAGGCAGUGAAGUGGCUCACCGCCUCCGGGAGAAGAUUAGGAAUCAUGAUGAUCCUGCUAAAUGUCUUCUCCAGAUUUGUGACAUAUUUGAAGAUGAAGAUGUAGGAAGUGAAGUACUAAAAAAACAUGGAGCAACCAUGAGAAGUAAAAUUGAAGAAACUCCAAAAGCAUCAAGAAGUGACCCAAUCAAGGCCCAGCCCACUGUCCCUGUCUCCUCUGGUACUACAGCUGUUUCCAGUCGGUUUAGAAGUGUUUCCAAUAGACUGGAAAAUGCCAUAUCCUCUUGCUUGACUGGAGUAGUAGGCAAGCUUUAUGCUCCAGGAUUAAUUUCCCUUGACCUAAAAGAUGAGAUGAUUAAUAGUCAUGAUAUUCCUUCAAAAAAAGCCUCAAAGUUAGUAAGCGAGUUACAAAGGACUCUAAACAAUGAUAAACAUCCUGAGACUUUUCUAAACGAUGUCUGUAAAGUAUUAAAAGAAGUUGGAGAGAAACCAAUCACUGAUAUAGCCAAUGAAUUGGGCACAACUGCUGCUUCUCCUGUAUCAUGCCCCGAGGAAAUUUCAAAGCGAAAUUUAGGUACUACUGAUGAACUAGGUAUAGAGGAUGUUGAAACGGUAACAACAGUUUUAAAUAAAGCUUUGUUUGGUGCAACAAAAUGGGUGGACUUGGGCCUGAAGCUCGGUCUAUUGAUGCCAAGACUCAAUGUCAUUGGAGAAGGAGGUGGUGAUGCAUACAAACACUUGAGGGUGACUAUAGAAGCAUGGCUAGAGGGAGAAGAUAAUGUAACUAGUAGAACAUGGCAGACUUUGAUUGAUGCUGUGGAGGGAACAGGAGACCGUGCAGCAGCAGAAAGGAUACCUAAGAAACUGAAAACUCUUUACAAUAUUACCCUUUAAUAAUGAUACCAGCUUAGUACAAUUUUAAAUAAUUAUUAUGAGUUGAAAUGAUUGGCAUAUUGUUUUGGCAGAGGUGCCAGGAGCUAGUAAAUAAUUGCUAUCAUUUCAA